AAAACGCCCCCGUAGUCAAUCUUCUUCUACUGUGCCAUUUCCUCUUCUCCUACCAACCCGAGCGUCGCCUCUUUCUCUCUCUUUCUCUCUCUCUCUCUCUCUAGAUCGCCUCUCCAAUUUAGUGACAAUGUUGGGAGCUGCGAGGAGAAAGAUUUUAGGGCAAAUGUUGGGGCGGAUUCGGCCUAUCGCGUCCAUUCAAUCUAUGAGUUACUCCACCGCAGUGAAAGAGAUGACUGUUAGAGAAGCCCUGAACUCUGCAUUAGAUGAGGAGAUGUCUGCGGACCCUAAAGUUUUCUUGAUGGGUGAAGAGGUUGGAGAGUAUCAAGGAGCAUACAAGAUCACCAAGGAUUUGCUUCAAAAGUAUGGCCCUGAUAGAGUUCUUGAUACUCCUAUAACCGAGGCUGGAUUUGCUGGAAUUGGUGUUGGGGCUGCUUAUCAUGGGCUUCGUCCAGUCAUCGAAUUUAUGACGUUUAACUUCUCCAUGCAGGCCAUAGACCACAUAAUCAAUUCAGCUGCAAAGUCGAACUACAUGUCGGCUGGUCAACUAUCUGUUCCUAUUGUUUUCAGAGGACCUAAUGGUGCUGCUGCUGGAGUUGGUGCUCAACAUUCACAGUGCUAUGCAGCUUGGUACGCGCAUGUUCCAGGAUUGAAGGUUCUAAGCCCAUAUUCAGCCGAAGAUGCUCGAGGCUUGCUCAAAGCGGCCAUAAGAGAUCCAGAUCCUGUUGUUUUCCUUGAAAAUGAGCUCUUAUACGGAGAGACAUUUCCUGUUUCGGCUGAAGCACUUGAUUCAAGCUUCUGUCUUCCAAUUGGAAAAGCCAAGAUAGAGAGAGCAGGGAAGGACAUCACAAUAACAGCGUUCUCCAAGAUGGUUGGAUAUGCACUUCAGGCUGCGGAGAUAUUAUCCAAGGAAGGAAUCAGCGCUGAGGUUAUAAACCUCCGAUCCCUUAGGCCGUUGGACAGACCUACUAUUAAUGCAUCUGUUAGGAAAACCAACAGACUCAUAACUGUUGAAGAAGGUUUCCCCCAACAUGGCGUUGGUGCUGAAAUAUGCACAUCUGUUGUCGAGGAAAGCUUCGAGUAUCUGGACGCGCCAGUUGAGAGGAUUUCUGCAGCUGAUGUCCCCAUGCCUUAUGCCGCAAACCUCGAGAGAAUGGCAGUUCCACAGGUUGAUGAUAUUGUCCGAGCAGCAAAGCGAGCAUGCUACAGAUCAGUUCCCAUGGCCGCGACUGCUUAAACUUUUAGCAGUUCAUUUUUUUGGAUGGCCUUUUGUUGGUGAUGAUUUGGCUUAACAUCCGUUGCGAGAGAAUACACUGCAAAGAAUUGUUUAUUCAACUCUACAAAGUGAGCUUUUUUUUAUUUUACCUCCUAUUUUGUCCACUCUCUAUGUGCUAUUUCCUAUUGAAAUUGUUCAAAGUUCAUAGACAUCUUCUUUGGGGAUCUGUAUUUCAUUUUUGUAAUAAAAGCAACUCUGAAGUUAAUCAGAGAGGAUUUUGUUGCCAAUUUACUUAAAUAUGAAAACAAAUUUGAUA